AUGCUCCAGCUCGCCGCCGCGCACGGGGACGCCGACCGUUUCUGGUCUCUCGUCGCGUCCAUGCGGUCUAGGGGCUACGGGAUCUCCAAGCCCGCCUUCCGGGCCGCCUCCGAGAGCUUCCGGGCCAAGGACAUGGCCAGGGACGCCGACCUGCUGCCGGUGGCAUUCGCCGCGCACGGCAGGAACGCGGCGGCGGCCGAGGUAUGCAAGAUUCUACGGGCGCCGGGCAAGGAUGACACCCAAAAGCUAGCCAUGCUGAGUGGAUCGAGUGUUGAGGUGACUGAUGAACUGGUGGCAUUAGUGGUGGAGAAGGUCGGGCAGUUCCCGCAGCAAGCAAUGGUGUUCUUCCGGUGGGUGGAACAGUCAGCUGGAGCCGGGAUCAGUUGGGGCAAGGUUUACAAUGUGAUGGCGAAGGUUCUCGGCCGUGAGGAUUGCAUUGAGGAGUUCCGGGAGGUCCUGCACAAGAUGAGGGGCAAGGGGCUUGAGAUGGAUCGAGAUGUGUAUGUUACUGUCACCGACAGAUUCCUCAAGAGGAAGAUGGUUGAGGAUGCUGUGGACCUGUUCCGAUUCAUGACAUGCAGGCCAGAGAAGCUCUCGAGGGAUGAUUUCAUAUUCUUGCUGAAGAAGGUCCUAGUGACUGGGGAUUUGGAUUUCAAGUUGGUGACGAGAGUCUUGCAGUACUAUCAGCAUGUGGGCAGCAAGGUCAGAGACUCAACUUUUGAUUCUGUUCUCAAGUCGUUGAGGAGUGUAGGGAGGCUUGGGGAGAGUGACAGAGUUCUGAAGGCGAUGCAGGAAGGUGGUUUCGAACCGGAUAGUGCUGAUCAUGAAAAGGCUGUUCUUGCAAUGUGUGAUGCUGGCAAUCUGGAAGAAGCACGAAAUUAUUUGACUGGUGUGGAAGAGCCAGGGCAUAAGUUGGGUCCAAAGAUAUGGUCUUGUUUAGUUCAGAAGUAUUCUCUUGGUGAAAAUGUGGAUACAGCAGUGUCGUGCUUCCAUGAAAUGCUGGAAAAAAGCGGCACCGGCAACGAGAACGUGGGUUCUGCUCUUGAGGUGCUGGUUUCUGGAUUACACAAGAAGAGAGGGUCGAAGGAAGCAUUCAAAGUUCUGAAGAACAUGGUAACAGAGAAGGCUGUGGUUCCUUGGCAAACUACCUACAAGUAUUUGGUCCACAAGUUAAUCCGCCAAGGACAUCUGAAACCAGCUUUUGAAGUGCUAGGUUUAAUGAAAAGCCAUGGUUAUCCACCUUUCGUUGAUCCUUUUAUCCCUCAUAUUUCAAAGUCUGGGACUGUGGAUGAUGCCCUGGGUUUGCUGAAUGCAACAUCUUUGAGGGGGUUGCCGUCAAGAAUAGUUUAUCUGCGCUUAUUUCAAGCUUUCUUCAAAGAAGAGAGGCAUGAAGUUUCCCAACAGCUGCUUUCCCAGUCUCCUGCUAGCAUCCAAAACCAUGCAGAUAUUCGUGAUAUUUUCAAUAAGCUGGAAGAACCUGUCGCAGCAGCAUUGGCAGAGGGUUGA